GCGUCAGUGGCAGGCGAUUGAAGUAAAACGCGGUGUGGUCUCCCUGUUUCAAACAAGAGUCUUUAGGUGACCACAUGGUAGUCGGCCAACCAGAGCAGAAACCAGAGAGAAGCAACCGACUGUAUCCAUCGCUGACAAGCACACAGAAGCACAAAGAUGUUAUGAUUGACACAGAAAACAGUCAUGCAACUGCAGCUCACCAUCAUGAAAGUCUGCAAGAAUGCACACAGUCACAAACAUCUUCUGCCAGCACUGAUAGUCAGAUGAAAGCGCAGAUUCAUAUACUGGAGGAACAAAGACGAGAACUUCUUUCUAUUAAUGAAAAAUGGGCAAAGGAAUACCAAACCAUGGUGCAGUAUUACAAAGACAAGGUCCAGCAUCUAAAAUUGCUACUCCAACAUGAGCACAUUGACUCAGAAGAUGAAUUGUGCAACAGAGAAAAUUCUAAGACAUCAUGUCAAAAAAUGCAGUUCAAGACAGAUGAAGAGUGUCCACGUCAGGGUGAAACCAGCGGCAUCACUUCUGAGUUACUGAAAGCUGAGAAGGAAGCCAACGAACUGAGGGUGCAGAACAGCACUCUGACCCGCAGAGGGCAGCACCAGCAUGAGGAGAUCAGACGUCUGAAUAAGGCCCUGCAGGCGGCGCUGCAUUCCACCCGGCCUCUUGAAGAGGCCAACGAAACACAAGUACAGAUCUGGAAACAGCAGGCUGAGGUCUACAAGGAAGACUUUUUGAAGGAGCGGAAAGACAGAGAGAAGCUUAAAGAGAAGCAACUACAACUGGAGAAGAGGUUUAGAAAAGUCCACAAUGAGCUUCAUAUCCUCAAAUCUCAGUUGACUCCGACUCGUCAAACCCAACCUGAGUUUGAAUGCAGUCGCACAAAUCAAGCAGCAAAUCAAGAUGUCUGCACAUCCUCCAGAGUCUAAACA